AUGUCAUUCGUGACAUGUCAGUUUCUCAUUGGCUCGGGGUCGCGGCGAUGUGGGACCCCCCUUUCAGGUCACUACACUGAUUGAGAAAUUUGAGAAGCUUGAAAUGUCAUUCACAUAAUUUACAGCAAGCUAGCAAUAACCUUCUGGUGCCCACUGAUCAAGGAAGAUGGAUUUUGGAUGCCUCUUGAACCCAAAACGCAGAAGACCAUGGACUAUUUGCUGCUUCAUUGAGUUCAAUACUACUCUGGAACCUGAACUUGUCAGGGAGAAGACUCAUGGAUACAAGCUGGACAUAUCACACAUUUUUGUUGGCAGCAUUGUUUGAUGACUUUGAUUGAUUCAUGAAAGUUCUUGAUCAGUGGGCUCCUCUAGAAACAAAACUAGUGUUUUCUCUCUUUGGUCUAAAUUCUCAAGUCUUAAUUGUGAUGAUGGAGAUGACAUUUAGGUUUAUAUCGAGUAUAUGUUUGCUAGGUUUGAAACUUUGAAUGAUGAUUGCUAGGUUUGAAUGGUGCUUGUUGCCUAGAAGAUUGCUGGGUUUUUGGCUGGGUAAAUUUAGAAAAAUUAAACACAAUAUUCUAGGGCUGGGUGUGUUAAGAUAUUUCUGGGUACAUUUGGAAACACCCGUCAUUGAAUUGCAUCGAAAAAGCGUCACCCGGUGAUCAAAGACUUCAUCACCAAUUUUAAAUUUAAAUCAAUUAAAAUAUUAAUCUCAAUUCUCAUAACAAAUUCAACAAUGAGUCACCAUAUAGUUCUUGUCACCAACAAACUAGGUCAACCUUUAUAUUCAUUUUUCAUGUUAUUCAUUCCAUUCUGUUUAGAUAGUUGUUCGCUCCAAGUCUCCCACAUUACGCUCCUUCCCCACAAUCUCACAGAUAUGGUACUACGUGCUUAUCCAAACUACCUAUAAAUACCCCUACCUCGCAAAACUUCAUAGUUCUCAUCCCCACAAAAUGACAACUCCCAUAUUCACCUUCACAUUCCUCCCUCUCUUUCUCCUCAUCUCAUCAACCUUCACUCCCAUAACUGCCAACAAUCUCAUCUCUGAAACCUGCAAGAAAUGUGCUCGGAACGACCCCAACCUGAGCUACAAGUUCUGCGUGACUUCUCUCCAAGCCGCCCCAAACAGCCACAGAGCCGAUCUCCGGCGACUCGGCCUCAUCUCCAUGAAGCUAGUCCAGCACAACGUGACCAACACGAGGCACUUCAUCAAGCAUCUUCUCAAGAACAAGAAGCUUGACAAGUUCGUAAGGGCGCGUUUGGAUGACUGUUUGGAGCUUUACACAGACGCCAUACCCACCAUCAAGCAAGCCAUCAAGAAUUACAAAAAGAAGCACAACAAAGACGCCAAUAUCGAAGUGAGUUCGAUCGUCGAUGCCUCCACGACUUGCGAAGAUGGAUUCGAGGAGAGACCAGGGUUGGUUUCGCCAUUAACGAAAAGGAACAAAGAGACGUUUCAGCUGUGUAUUAUAGCGCUUUCGAUUAUCAAUAUGGUCAGUUCGUCUUUAUAUUAGAUAAAGAGGUGAUAAUAUGUAUGCAUGGCUGGCUGUGGUUCAUGAAUCUGUAAUCUUAUUAUUGGGUUAUUGACUUAUUGUGGUCCAUUGUUUGCUUCUAGUUUGCUAGGUUGUUUCUGAUCUCGGGUAGCUGUAACUGCUGUAACAUAAACAACAAUCUAGUUAUCGUCAAAAAAAAAAAAAAACAACAAUCUAGUUAAUCAUAGAGAAAUAAUUAGAAAAUUCCUAAUUGGUUAGAUUUGAAGCUAAUAUCAAGAAAGAUUAGCUUCUCAUUUAUCCUAUUAUAUUAAGUUCUCUUAUUAUAAGACGUAUUGAUAACUA